AUGUGCGCGGCAUUUGGGAAGGUCGCAGCGAGCGUGACGAGGAAGGGGGGAGACACAGAUGAGAAGACGGAGAUGGCGGCACAGGCGUUAGCGGCCUCCGCCUGCGCCGUGUGGUGCUUCGUCGAGACCGGUGCGUCGGUGCUCGGUGCUGUGGGCGAAGGGAAGGCGGCCGCGAUGGUGGCCGGUGCGAGCGAGACUACCACCGAUGACUUCAAGGUGGUCAUGCAUGCAGUGUUGGAGGUCGAGAUCAAGAGGGAGCCAGUCUUAGGGGAGGUUCCCCACAACGUCGUGCCGACGCUGCAGAGUUACGCUCUGCCGAGGGUGUAUCCUGGGGGAGAUAGGGGAUUCGACGCCGACGUGAUCGCUAGAGCGACGGUAGAGACCCUGGCGUUCUGGGGAAUGUGCGCUGUCGCCGCGCCCAAACUCGAAGAGCUCGGCAUCGAUGUGACGUGUGACGCGCAGAUGGAGUAUGAUCUGGACCACAGGAGGAGGAAGGGGCAGAGGGGCAAGCAGGGCAAGCAAAGCAAGGCGGGGACGAAGGGCAAGCAUGACAAGGGCAAGCAUAGCACGGCGGUGUAG